AGGAAAACGAAAAGCGGUUUUUCUGUUGAUUCCGCCCAACCUCCAUUUCCAACAAAUCAUUUCCCCGCUAACUGCAAUCUCUCUCUCCCCAAUAUCCAUCAUCAUCACGUCAACCGAGACAACCCAAAACAAACACCAAAAACCCAAAUAAAAACAGGUCAAAUCUCACAACUUUCGAAAUACACAUUAUUUUUUCUUAGUAAGAAAUUCAAAAUCUAGGGUUUCAAAAAAAAAUUAAAAUCCCAAAUUCCUCUCCCCUUCUCUCUCUCCUCCCUCGGACAGAUUUUUCGUUUCCUCUCCCCUCAUUUUUCCAUUUUCCCUCGCUUUCACUUUCUCUCUCCUCUUUCGGGAGAAAGAGAGAAAACUUUCUCUCUCUAAAUCUUUUUCUCCAUUUUUUCUGCUUCGAAGGCGCUUUCAGAUCACUCACCUAAUCUUCGUUAUUUUUUUUCCAGAUUAUUAUAUUUUUUUGAGGUGUUCAUCUCACGCCGACGAUCUGAGAGAUUCGUUGAUUUGGUCCAUUAGAAGGGAAGGGGGCUACACAUUUGCAGUUUCUCGUAGCUAGCACGGGGGGAAAGGUGGAGAUGUAUAUUAUCAGAGAGAGAUUGUUAGCUUUUUGAUGAAUUUAUUGAGCUCGGUAUCAGGUUGUUGAAGCUGAUUGGGAGAUAUUUGGCAUAAUCACCUACUUGAGUUUGAAUGCAUUCAGAAUUUUGUGUAGAUUCCAAUAUAUGGAUACGGAAUUUGUGUCGUUCCCAUCGAAGAGCCUGGAGCAAUGCUGUGAUUGUGGAUGUAGUUGCUCUUUAACAGUCAGCUCUUCUUCGAAUGGAGCUUGGAUACGGUCGGUGAAGAGGAAAUACGAUGAGUAUGAAAAGAGCGGCCGUUUUUACAUCCCAGGCCUUGACAUUUUGCCUGUGGCACGUGUUGGGAUCGAAAAUGAGUGUGCAAUGUUGCGUGAAACACUCAGCAGUCAGCAGGCUACUAUUCAGGAGUUAUGCUUGGAAUUGGAAGAAGAGAGGAAUGCUGCUUCAUCCGCUGCUAAUGAGACCAUGUCCAUGAUUUUGAGGCUGCAGAGGGAGAAGGCAGAGGUCCAAAUGGAAGCUCGCCAGUUUAAACGUUUUUCUGAGGAGAAGAUGUCACACGAUGCUCAAGAGAUUUCUGCCUUGGAGGAGGUUUUAUACAAAAGAGAACAAACCAUUCAGUCCCUUACUUGUGAAAUCCAAGCGUAUAAGCACAGAAUGAUGAGCUAUGGCCUGACGGAGUACGAGGCAGAGGGAUUGAAGGGUGAUUAUAGUCGCAACCAAAGUUUUUCUAGUGAUUUGACAGGUCAACUUGACCCUCACAUGUGUGCCUAUCCUCCACUAAGAUGCAAUAUAAAUGAAUCACAGGAGCAAUUAGAGCUUGAAGACGAUGAUGUAGAUAUUGAAAAGUACCCAUUUGGUGAGACUCCAAGAAGUCAAGAUCUGAAGAGCUUGGAAUACAGGAUCAAUAAAUUGGAAGGAACUCCUAAUGCUGAUCAGAUGAAUGUGGAGUUUGGUUCCAGAAAUGUUCUAGAGAAGGUUGUCGUUGGUCAUUCUCCAAGGCGAUCUAGACAUUCGACAAGGAUUUCCACUGAUAACUCAAGUUCGGUAUUGGGUUAUGGUAGAGAUAUGGGAGUAGAUCACUCAAUGGAUUCUCCAAGGUUUGGUACAAGUUUUAAAAAACUGGAUUGUGUGGCUGAGGAAUUAAGAAAGUCGGACAGUGUAUCCGAUUAUGAAGAUGAUAUGAGUGAUAGAGUUUAUACCAUUGAUUCUAUCCAUCCUGGGGGCCCUUAUAACAGUUACGUGGAGCCCAAGCUAGGAGCGAAGUUGGGGGAUGAGUAUGUAGCCACACCAAGAUCACUAGGUCGGGGAGACUUAGGAGAUCCUGAAGUUAAGAAAUUGUACUUUAGACUUCAGGCUCUCGAGGCUGAUAGAGAAUCAAUGAGACAGACAAUCAUGUCAAUGCAGACUGAUAAAGCACAAUUUAUGUUACUUAGAGAAAUUGCUCAACAGUUGUACAAAGAUAUGACGCCUGCAAGGCAAAUGCCUCUUCAGAAGUCAUCCAUUGUUAGGAGCUUUUCCUUCAUGGCGGUGUUUAAGUGGAUCCUGUCCUUCAUUGUCUGGAGAAAGAAAGCACGCCAAAGCAAGUAUAUGUUUGAAUUGACGGCAAAUAAUGUGGGUCUGCUAAUGCUCUUGGAUAAAAGUCCACGCUCCAAACUUUGGAGAUGUGUUUCAUCCACACAAGUUAGAUAAGCUGAACUACCAAACUCAUAGCUAGUUUGUCAUAUAGAGCUGCUUUUCCGGGCUUGUGUUUAGAUGAACAUAUGUUUCUGGAUUUCUGGGAAUUUGGUUGUUUGUGCAGCGUUCUUUGUGAUUCUUUUUCUCCCCCUCUGCCUUAAAUGAAAAGUUUGGGGGCCUAAAUAUGCUUAUCUGUUUCUUCAGCAAAAAUCAUGUGAUAUAUAGGCCAGUGUGCAGUUUGCUUUUUUCUGAAUAUUAGCUUUUGAGGUAGGUGCUUUGACAAAUUCUCCUGUAUAGUUCAGAUUCAUGUAUGACUACGUUGAAUCGCUGCUCAUUUUUUACUUCCAGAGUGAGAAAAUGAAAUAAUAUAAGUUCUUUUGACA